CGAAUUUGCAACCCAACCUCAAAAUUAAAAAUGUCAAUGUAAACAGACAAAGUAAUUUUAUUUAUUCAUACUUUAUGUAUUAGUAAAUACUUAGUUAUAGUGUUAGGGUUUAGAAUAGCUAUUCUUACAAUGAGUUCAAUAUUAAUUUUAGCAGUAUUAUUGGUACAAGCUUAUUGUGAUACUAACUUUACAAAAAUUAAUCUUCCUAAAGAGCACUUACCCUAUUAUUUCAGAAACUUUCCUAAACAAGCUAUUAAAUGUUCGGAAUAUGAAAAUUGCGAUUUCAAACAAUAUUUAAAUAAAGAUGUUUGUUGGGGAUAUGAAUAUGAUUGUGAAUGGGAUAAACAGUACUUAAAACCGUCUUGUCCUGGUGACCAUAAGGGUUGGGUAAAGACGAAAAAAGCCCAAGAAACUACUUUUCAUACCCAAGCAGAUUUCGGGUACGUUAAAGAGCAACUAAGGUCUAUGAAAUUAUUAUGUGAGCCCUUGUUUCCCGACGAUAGCUCCUUAGAAUGCUCUGAACAUUUACGUUUCUGUCGUGGCCGCAAUCUAAUGAUUAAUUUCACAAAAUUGGCAUACAGAGAGGAUCCUAUUAGGUACAAAAUGGACGUUCUAGGCGAGGGAGAUAUUGGAGGAUAUUGUGAUUUGAAAAAAGAUUUGUUAGACGAACGUGCAGAUCAUAUAAGUCCACUGCAAAGUUGGGGGCCUGAAAUGAGGUUUUUUAAGGAGUUGAAACAUAGGCCUUUGGUUGAAGGAGACUGUGAUGUAAUUAUAGAAAAACCUACAUAUAUUAUGAAGAUUGAUGCUACAGUAAAUAUGUAUCAUCAUUAUUGUGAUUUCCUAAACCUAUAUGCCUCUCAACAUCUAAAUUUAUCGCACGAAGACACUUUUUCGACUGACGUACACGUUUUAAUUUGGGAAACAUUCACCUACAGAUCAGCUUUUCAGGAUACUUGGAACGCAUUUACAGAUCACCCAAUAUGGGAUCUGAAAACGUUCAGAGGCGAUACUGUGUGUUUUAAAAAUGUCGUAUUUCCUCUUUUACCUAGAAUGAUUUUUGGGUUGUAUUAUAAUACUCCUAUAAUUUAUGGCUGUGAAGGAAGUGGUUUGUUUGACGCUUUUUCCAAGCAUAUUUUACACAGACUGCGUGUACCAGAGCAUACGAGGUUAAACCAAAAAGUACGGGUAACUUUGUUAUCCAGGAAUACAAAAUACAGAAGGAUAUUAAACGAAAAUGAAUUGAUUGAGGAGCUGGAAAAAGUGGACGAUUUGGAUGUACAGAAGGUUGUUUUCGAUAGGGAUAUGACUUUCAAGGAGCAGUUAGAGGUUUCUAGAAAUACUGAUGUCUUCAUAGGCAUUCACGGAGCUGGGUUGACACAUCUGUUAUUUAUGUCUGAAUGGGCUGCUUUAUUUGAAGUAUAUAAUUGUGAAGAUAGCAACUGUUACUUUGAUUUGGCGAGAUUGAAAGGUGUUAAAUACAUUACUUGGGAAAAUAAAGACAAACUGACAACAGUUGAUGAUGGAUCAUAUUCAGGUGGCGCCCAAGCAAAAUUUGUAAAUUACAAAUUCGAUAAAGAUGAGUUCGUAAGGCUUGUAAAAAAGGCUGCAAAACAUGUUAAAAGGCAUCCAAAAUUUUUGGAAUUUAUCAAAAAUGUAAAAGAAAACGGCCAUGAUGAAUUGUAAACUUUUAUUAAAAAAAACGACCUAUUUUAUUUUCUAAAGUAACUAACUGAUUAAGCUUUGACUAAAUUUAAUUAACGAUGUUUUUAUUUUUAACUUAUCGCCCAGUGAAAUAAUUUUUUGUUGCUUUAAAUGUGCCACAGUUCAAUUUUAAUGCCAUAUUUUUAAAUUAGAAUUAUUUUUGCAAUAUUAGAU